AUGAGCACGCUGUGCUCAGGUCAGCCUGCCGGCUCCUCGUUCACAGAUCUAAACCCUAUUGAGGUCCCCACACCACUGCGGGCAUCCAUAGGGCGCUGCCCCCAGGGUCGCUACGGGGAGGAGUGCGAGUACGCCUGUCAUUGUCCUUUGGAAAACGUAGCAUUACGUAAGAAGACGUUCCAGCACGGAACAUACCUAGGCUGGAACGCGUCACGUGCCGUUGACGGUAACGUAGAUCAGGACGGAAGUUACGGCAGCUGCGCGUGGGCUCACAAUAACGACGACGUCUUCAAGACGUGGUGGAACGUUGACCUGGGAUCCAUGUAUGACGUUAAGGCCAUCGAAGUUUAUUUCCGAACAGAUGACGCCAUGUCACAGUCGCGUCGCGCCGGGGUCCGCGUCUACAUCUCGGACAGCGUCGAGGAGGCGAAGAACCAGGGCCUCUGCUACAUAGACCAGAUGAGCGACUUCGUGUUCCCGCCGACACAUCUCGUCCUGCGCGACGCAAGUCUCGCAUGCACUAAGCGUCGGGGACGCUUUGUCAUCCUGUACACCGAUCGACCGACGCAGGACCCGAUACGCAACUGCCCGACCAGCACUAUGUACUCGUGCUGGGCUAACCUUGAACUCUGCGAGGUGGAAGUGUACGAAUGCGGGGACGGGCGGUACGGUCAGGGAUGCAACAAAACCUGCGGCCAGUGCUCGGAUCCACUUUACUCGUGCAAUAAGAAAACGGGCGCGUGUCGCACGUGCAGGGCUGGCUGGCAGGGCGAGAAAUGCGACGCUGUUUGCAACGCCGGUAGUUGGGGCGAGGGUUGUCAGGAGACUUGCGGGCAUUGUAUCGGCACGUGCAACCCCCAGAACGGGACCUGCAACCAGGGCUGCGAGCCGGGAUACAUAGGGGCCACGUGCAUGGACGGUGGGUUGCUUAGCGACGGUGAUGCUGAUGCGAAUGUCGCUGAUAGUGAUAUUGCUGAAGAUUAUGAAAUGGAUAAUGAUGAUUAUGAUGUCUGUCCUUCGGGAGUCUACGGCCCACAAUGUGCAUUGCCCUGUGCCAACUGUAAAGAUGGCGCCGCAUGUCAUCACGUUACCGGAAGGUGCCCAGCCGGAUGCGCGCCGGGUUUCAAGGGCGACAAAUGCACUGAUGAAUGUCCGGCAGGCACCUAUGGAGAAACGUGUAAACUCUCGUGUGGGGCUUGUCAUAGCGGGGCUUCUUGCCAUCACGAGACAGGCAGGUGUCCGGCGGGGUGUCAGAAUGGCUGGACAGGGGACACGUGUCAGCAAAAAUGCAAAAGCGGGUUCUAUGGUGACCAGUGCGCGAGCGAAUGCGGUUUCUGCCAGGCAAAUGACACCUGCGAUCACGUGGCAGGCGUCUGCGCCAACGGUUGCGAUGACGGGUGGAUGGGGGAUAAGUGCAAAACACCGUGUUCGCCCGGUCACUACGGCCACCAGUGCGUUACCACGUGCGGCGCGUGUCUGAAGGGCGACGCGUGCGACCACGUGUCAGGGGAUUGUAGGUCCGGAUGCGCUGACGGCUGGCGUGAGGCGGGCUGCAAAUCACCUUGUCCCUUCGGUUCCUAUGGGAAUGGAUGUAAAAAGAAGUGCGGAUUCUGUCGCCACAAUUCCACAUGUAACCACGUGACCGGACUGUGCUCGGAUGGAUGUAACCCGGCGUAUAACGGGGAAUACUGCGACAUGCACGAAAUUACCGCCGUAACCACCAUCAACAACAACAUCACCGCCGCUGCCGCCAUUACCCUGUCAUGA